AUGGCGAAAAAACGAAAGAACAAGACCGGCAAGGUCCAGGAUCGGGCCGCCGACGACCAGCCGGAGGACGCGGUUGCAGAUCAGCACGUGGACAAGACGGAAGACUCGGAACCAGACAAUCAGGAGCACCCAGCCACGGGCCCAAAUGACGAGAUCCAGGACCCGGCGGGCGACAAGGUGGAAGACACGGUGGACAACGUGGAAAACGCGGACGACACGGACAAACCGGACCUGGAUGAAUCAGACAAAUCAGUCCAGACGGGAUCACAAGACUCACGCAACUCGGAAAAGACAGAUCAAAAGACCGAAUCAACCGCCGAAUCAACCGAAUCAACCGAAUCGACUGAAUCGACCGUUCCGAACAAACCCAAUCUCUUUUCUCUUUCUGACGAAGACGAUUCCGAAGACGAGCCGUCGGAGUCGUCGGAGCCGUCAGAGCCGGUCAACCCUGUACCUGUCGAGACUGUCGAGUCUCCCGUCAAGACCCAACCUGAGAACAAGGGCUCGUCUCUCAAUGACUCUUCUAUCAAGAGCUCUUCUACCAAAAGCUCUUCGUCUCUCAAGGACUCGUCUAUCAAGGACAGAUCGGAGGUGACAGUUCCCUCCGGCGAGUCGGACUCUUCAGAUUCGGAAAUGGAGUUCCCCAAGGUGGUUUCCGAACCUCCUAGACCGUCCACUCCCAAUACCACAUCUCACGCUGAAGAUCCAGAUCAGACACCCGUGGCUCGGGGCGGCCAGAGAAGCCCCCAUGUGACCAUGGACUCGACUGCAUCCCUGACAACCCCCACGGACUACGAGCGUGUGUACCGACGUCGAAAUACCGCCAACAGCACGCGGUCUCGGAUGACCGUGCGAGUGGACACUGCCGAUCUGCAAUCGCAGUCGCCCACACCCAGCAACGGCAUUUCCAUCGACUCGUUUCUGGAGCAGAAGGAGCUGUCUUUCCGGCUGGUCACCUGGAAUGUGCACAACCGGGCCCCUCCUGUUAUUGAGGACGAGCAUCUCGAUUCGCUAUUUUUGCCCCAGAGCGACAUUACUGUUCUUGCGUUGCAGGAGGCUGAUCCGGUCAGUGGUCUUGUAAGUACUGCUCAGACUCUCAAUGGAUGGAAGGCGGCGGUGCUGGAGACCCUCGAAAAGGCCAAUGAGGAAAAUCUUCAGAAGGACGAGACUGUAGUCACCGCCGAGGAGGUUGAAGAGGAGACGGAUAAUGAUAAGACGGAGAAUGAUAAGACGGAGAACGAUAAGACUGAGAAGAGCGACAAGUCGGAGUCAAGUGACAAGUCUGACAAGAAAGACAAGAAAGACAAGUCCGAGAAGACUGACAAAGCUCCAAAGACUGAGACUCAUAAAAAGUCCGCACCCUCCGACACAGAAGAAUCUGGAUACGAAUCGUCGGCCUCUGGAUACGAGUCGUCGGCCUCCAACAAUCACGCCUACUACGACCCCUACUCCAACUAUGUUGUUUCGUCCAACCAGCUGAUUGGUCUGCUGAUCAUUGUGAUUGCCCGCAAGUCGCUCAUGAGCCAGAUUUCCGACGUUCGAGUCAAGUCAGCUGGAACAGGUCUUCUGGGAGUGUGGGGAAACAAGGGAGCUGUUCUUGUGGAAAUGCAUAUUGGCCGAGAAGCCACCAGCACGCAGUCUUCCAAGGGCGACUUCUUUGUGCCCGGAACACGAGUCUGUUUCCUCAACUGUCAUCUUUCAGCCGGAGACAACAACGUUGUUCGGCGACGAUGGGAGAUUGACCAGAUGUACCGACGCCUGGAGCUUCCUGGGCGUCCCGAAUGGUAUGCCAAGGUCAAGGAAAACAAGGACAGCAACAGCAGCACUGCCUCUCUGGCUACUGAUGAUGCCAGGUACGCCGAUUACAAUGCAUCAAGCGAGUUUCUGGGCAAUGCCACAGAGUCUUCCGAGAGCGAUGCUGACGAGAAUGAAAGUCUUCGUGGACCUUUCAGUGCAGCUACCACUAUCACCGAAAUGUCUCCCAAUCUGAACGGACGAGGAUUCAACGAUACCGAAAGUGUGGUUUCAGCUGAUUCUCGUGCGGGAGGCGUCUUUGACUGGUCUAGUGAUGCCGCUGCCGCCGGUGCCCAGCGACCUGCUCGACCACAUGAAAACUCCAACCUCAGUGUGGUCAGUGAAGCUGUUUCUGCCAGCUCACCUCGAGGCGACCCUCGAACCAUCAUCUUCUUCCUCGGAGAUCUCAACUACCGAGUGGACAAGACUCACGAGGAGGCCCUGGAGAUGAUCGAGAAGAACGAUUUCGCCGGCUUGCUGGCUCACGACCAGCUUCUCAAAGAUACCAGAGACGGCCGUGUUCUCGCUGGUCUCAAUGAGUACCCCAUCAACUUCCCUCCCACAUACAAGUACGUUGAGGAUACCGUUUCCGAGCUGGACACUCUACGAACUCCUUCCUACACUGACCGAAUUCUCUCGCGAGCCUGGGGAGGCUGUGAGCUUGUUCAGAAGGGAUACCACAGUCAUAUGGAGUACACUGUCAGUGAUCACAAGCCUGUUUCGGCCGAGUUUUCGCUAUCUCUGCCUCUGAUUGACUUUGACAAGCGCGCUCAGAUUGUCAACAACUAUCUCAAGUCUGUUGGUGUUCAGGAGAACCUCGACCGGCCUGCCGUCACUGUUUCCCCCAUGAGCCUCCGUGUCCAGCUUGCCGUGUUGACCACCCAAACUGUUCCUCUGGUGAUCCACAAUACUGGUCACACUACAGCUCACUGGGAGAUUUCCCAGACCUCUGGAUUCGACGAUGAUAGCAAGGACAAGAAGGACUCGUCGCCCAGUAUCACCCUUUCCAGCACCACGGGCCAGCUUCUUCCGGGUGACCAGGAAGUUGUUGAGGUCACCUUCUCGGCUGCCAUUGGAGCGCCCUCUUGCGACUCGUUUGCAAUUGUGCAUGUCAAGGACUCCAAGGACAUUUUUGUCGACACUGGCUACGAUGUGAUGCCUUCAUGUUUCGGCUCAGACCUCGAUUACCUGUCCAGAUUGCCUAACGGAGCUCGAAACGGUCUGUCAGACGGCGGAAAAGUGGUCAGCAACAUGCCUCAGGAGAUUUGGAAGUGUGUGGAUUACCUGUGGUCUGUUGUCGAUCGGGACGGAGAAGGAGGAGGCGACGGAGACAGAUCUGCUCGUCCCAGUAUCGAGAAGCCUGGAACAGCUGCUGUGUCUCGAGAGUCUCCCAAAUCACCUUUGGUUGGCCUCUUCACGUCCCCUGGUGACCCGCAUCUGGAGAUGGAUAUUCGAGAUUGGCUUGAUACCGGGUCUCCCUUUAACGUGGAGACUCUUAACGACAACCCUCUGGGUCCACAGUCUGUGGCUUCUCAGCUACAUUUGCUGUUGGCUUCUUUGUCACAGAGAAUCAUUCCAGAGUAUGCCUAUCUCUCUGUGCCUGAAAAAACCAUCGCAGCAGGCACGGGAAGCCGAAUUCCGUUUAUGGGAGGAGGAGUGGACAAUACUGCGGACGUGGCUGCCCAUAUUCUGGAGGCUGUGCCCAACGUGAAUGCCAACGUGAUGAUUUACAUCUGCUCCUUCAUCCGUCUGUUGGUAGACAGAAAGGCCAUGACUCUCAAGACGGCACUGGACGUGUUUGCACCUUUGCUGAUGGACAGUCCCAAACAAGGAGGCGUGUCCAAGGUGUGGAAGAAGAGUCCAAUCAGUUCUGCAAAGCUCCUGCAGCACAUGAUCGAUACUUAUUAG